GGCUGGAAUGGGAAGCAUGAACUGGAAGCUGCUGUGGCUGGGAUGUCUCUUUCCCAUAAUGGUGGUAGGGAGGUCUGUGAAGCCUGUGGAUCAGGAGGAGGCUCUGGAGUACCUCAUAAAGUAUGGAUACCUGCAGAAGCCUCUGGAGAGAAUGACAGAUGGGUUUGGGCCAGCAGAGGUGGCGGAAGCAGUGAGAACCUUUCAGGAAGCUUCAGAGCUGCCCACCUCUGGGCGUUUGGACUGGAUAACAAGAGCAUGGAUGGGGCAGCCCCGCUGUGGCCUGGAGGACCCCUUCAACCAGAAGAUCCAGAAAUAUUCACUGUUAGGCCGAUGGCGGAAGAGGCAUUUAACAUUCCGCAUCUUGAAUUGGCCAUCCACCCUCCCAGUCCACACUGCCCGGACAGCUCUGCAUACUGCCUUCAGAUACUGGAGCAGGGUAACCAACCUGAGCUUCCGAGAGGUUCAGGCAGGCUGGGCAGACAUCCGUCUCUCCUUCCAUGGAAAAUACAGCGCCUACUGCUCAAAAGGUUUUGAUGGACCUGGGAAUGUCCUGGCCCAUGCUGACAUCCCUGAACUGGGCAGUGUACACUUUGAUGAAUCGGAGACAUGGACAGAGGCAACCAAAAUGGGGGUGAAUCUUCGCAUCAUUGCAGCCCAUGAGCUGGGCCAUGCACUAGGGCUGGGCCAUUCUAGAUACCCACAGGCUCUCAUGGCACCUGUUUAUUCUGGCUUCCGACCCUACUUCCAGCUUCACUCUGAUGAUGUGGCAGGGAUCCAGGCCCUUUAUGGCAAGAGGACCCCUCCUCAGAGUAAAGAGGAAGAAGAGGAAAUGGAGGAGGAAGGGAAUGGAGUUUCCAUUGUAACUCCCAGGCCCACGCUACCUAGAGCUGUGCCUGACCCUUGUAGUGGAGAGCUGGAUGCCAUAAUGCUAGGUCCUCAUGGAAAGACAUAUGCCUUCAAAGGAGAUUAUGUAUGGACAGUUACAGGCUCCAGACUGGGGCCCCUUUCCCAUGUGGGGACCUUAUGGAGUGGGCUCCCAGGAAACCUAGAUGCAGCCGUCUACUCUCCUCGUACAAAAUGGAUCCACUUCUUUAAGGGUAAUUUGAUCUGGCGCUAUGUGGGUUUCAAAUUGGUCCCUGGCUUCCCGAAGAAGCUAAACCAGGUGGGGCCCAACUUGGAUGCAGCUCUGUAUUGGCCCCUCAACCAGAAAAUCUUCCUCUUCAAGGGUUCUGGGUAUUGGCAGUGGGAUGAGCUGGCAGUGAAUGACUUCAGCCGUUAUCCAAAGCCAAUAGGAAAGCUGUUCACUGGGGUGCCAGAUAAGCCCUCUGCCACCUUGAGCUGGCAGGAUGGCAAAGUCUACUUCUUUAAGGGCAAAAAGUACUGGCGACUGAACCAGCAGCUUCGAGUGGAGAAAGGAUUCCCCAAGGACACUGCCCAGAACUGGAUGCAUUGUCUCCUCCCAACCACAGGCAUCCCAGCAUCAACUACUAGCUCCAUCCCAAGAACUGUCCAAGACUUAGCCAUCAACAGGACCACUUCCUUCUCAGCUCCAGAUAUAUCUUCUUCAUUCUUUUCCAAUACCACUCUUGUUCAGGACUAGGAAUUGAUCCCAUUCUUCAGAUCCUGGAUACCCUAACCCUGAAGGACAGUCCCACCAGCUUUGGGCAACAUAAAGAUGAAUCCUGGGCUCAUCUUUCCACUCUACGCAAGGGCACUUCCCCUGAGCUACAGACAUUCCUUGUCCUCAUGCAUUCAGCCCUUCUAGAUCUUGGCCACCAUAUCUCCCCUGCCUUGGCAGUGCUCCCCUUUCCUUUGUACCAAACAUCAAGGACUCCCUGGCUGCCCAUACAUCAUCUCCCUCAUUUUGGACAGCAUCAUCAGCUUCAGGACCUAAGGGCAGCUCUGUGUGUCUGGGGCCAUCUCCAUUGUCAACUGUUGCAUGUACUACAAAGUGUAUCAGUCGGGAUCUGUCUGGAGGCUAACCAGGACAAACGAUGUUUAGAACUUAGUGUGGUUAGGUUCUCCUUGUAGUUCUUACUCUAUUCAAUGAAGUUCAAAUGGGGCAUCCCUAAAGAAUCUGGGGAUAAGGGAAAAAAUGUCAUCCUCUGAAACUGAAGUAAGAGUCAGUAGCCGAACAAUGAAACAACCCUCCCUGGUGAUAGGGUCAAAGGGAUGUUACGGUCUGCCCCAGUGAGAAAAGAGCCAUGAAUAAAUGUUGAGGUCUGACCCAGGGAGAAAGAAGUCACAAAUAAAUCUCACAGAGAGACACUGCUGUGUUCUUCACUGUGUUCCUGUUCAUUCUUCAGCAUUCGGACCCUAACAAGCCCAGAGCCGGCACCCUGGGAGAUGCAAACCUCUUCCUCAUCACUGCAUCUUGCAUUUCUCUCAUGCACUGAUCAUCUGCUUAUUUAUAAAAAUGACUUGAGAAUGUCUUCUCAUCACACAAGAUUGUAAGCCCCUGGAGGGCAAGGACCAAGUUUUAUUUAUCUUUUUAACUACCCAAGCACCUAACGGUGCGCUUUCCAAAGUAGAUGGUUAACAUGUUUGUUGAAUUAAUAAAAGAAGGAAAUCAGAUCAAGCAUUUAUGAAACACUAGGUGCUGGGCUAAGGAAGAUGGGAAUGUGAAAAUGGGCUAUUAAUGUGAGGGGUUCUCCAGAAACUAGAUGCCGAUCUCAAGGGUAAGAAAGCUAAGAUCUACUUUACUGGAUCCCAAAAGAUCCAGGAUAAAGUUGUCUAACAGAAUUUGUCAGUGUCUCUGAUUCUAAUGAUUGCUUCCAGAUAUUUAGAAAUAUAGAGAAGUAUAAUGGGGGGGGGCGGGCAAUUUAUCAGGCUUCCCUUGUUUGAUGAAAACAUCCCAUAAGAGUAUGAAUUCUCGGGGGCAGCUGGGUAGCUCAGUGGAGUGAGAGUCAGGCCUAGAGACAGGAGGUCCUAGGUUCAAAC